AUGCUAAAAAACAGCGAGAGGAGGCGGUCUUGGAGCUACAGGCCCUGGAACACCGCCGAGCGCGAGGACGCGCCCGAUUCGGGGAUCAGCCACCAACACCCCGGGAGCACCAGCUCCUUGGCGGCCCGCUCCGGCUCCCAGGCCAGCACCCCGGCCUGGACCGAGGGCAACUAUAACUACUACAUCGAGGAAGACGAAGACGGGGAGGAAGAAGAGCAGUGGAAGGACGACCCGGCCGACGAGAGCCAGCAGCCGGAGGCGGCCACCGCCGCCCAGACCCAGGGCGGCGCCGAGGGCUCGGCGCUGAGCGUGAACGACGACUACGAGGCGCGGGCGGACGAAUACUUCUUCGACCGCGACCCCGCCGUCUUCCAGCUCAUCUACAACUUCUACCUGUCCGGGGUGCUGCUGGUGCGCGACGAGCUGUGCCCGCGCAGCUUCCUGGAGGAGCUGGGCUACUGGGGCGUGCGGCUCAAGCACACGCCGCGCUGCUGCCGCAUCUGCUUCGAGGAGCGACGCGACGAGCUGGGCGAGCGGCUGAAGAUCCAGCGCGAGCUGCGCGCCCAGGCGCGCGCCGAGGAGGCGGAGCAGCUCUUCCGCGACGUGCGCUUCUACGGGCCGCAGCGGCAGCGCCUCUGGAACCUCAUGGAGAAGCCCUUCUCGUCGGUGGCCGCCAAGGUCAUCGGCGUGGCCUCCAGCCUCUUCGUGCUCGUCUCCAUCGUGGCGCUGGCGCUCAACACGGUGGAGGAGAUGCACCCGCAGGCGGAGGGCGGCCGCUGGCCCGUCCUGGAGCACGUGGAGGUGCUGUGCAUCGCCUUCUUCACGCUCGAGUUCCUGCUGCGCCUGGUCUCCACGCCCGACCUGCGGAGCUUCGCGCGCAGCGCCCUCAACCUGGUGGACCUGGUGGCCAUCCUGCCGCUCUACCUGCAGCUGCUGCUCGAGCGCUUCACCGACGAGGACCAGCGGCGCGCCAGGGGCUCGUCCCGCGACCGCGACCUGGAGACCGUGGGCAAGGUGGGCCAGGUGCUGCGCGUCAUGCGCCUCAUGCGCAUCUUCCGCAUCCUCAAGCUGGCGCGCCACUCCACGGGCCUGCGCGCCUUCGGCUUCACGCUGCGCCAGUGCUACCAGCAGGUGGGCUGCCUGCUGCUCUUCAUCGCCAUGGGCAUCUUCUCCUUUUCCGCGGCCGUCUACUCCGUGGAGCACGACGUGCCCGGCACCAACUUCACCAGCAUCCCGCACGCCUGGUGGUGGGCCGCCGUGAGCAUCUCCACUGUGGGCUACGGAGACAUGUUCCCGGAGACCCACCUGGGCAGGCUCUUCGCCUUCCUCUGCAUCGCUCUGGGCAUCAUCCUCAACGGGAUGCCCAUCUCCAUCCUCUACAACAAGUUCUCCGAUUACUACAGCAAGCUCAAGGCCUACGAGUACACGGCCAUGCGCCGGGAAAGGGGGCGGGUGCGCUUCGCGCACAGGGCCCGGCAGAAGGUGGCCGCGUGCCUGGCGGCCAGCAACGCGCGGCCCACCCCAAGGCCAGCGGGGUGA